AUGGCCGAGCCAGGGCCAGAACCAGAGCCAGGGCGUGCUUGGCGGGUGCUUGCCCUGUGUGGGGCUGCUGUGUUCCUGGCGGCAGCUGCAGCCGGGGCAGCCCUACUGGCUUGGAAUCUGGCCUCUGCGGCCUCCAGAGGGUCUCACUGCCCAGAGCUGGAGCCAGGGGUCAAUGCCACGGUGCCCCCCGGGGACCCAAUGCCAGAAGUCCAGGAGCUUCAGCGAAAGCUGGCGGAGGCUGCCCAACGAGAGAAGGCUCUGGCCAGGCAGCUGGACCAGGCUGAGAGUGUCCAUCAGGAGCUGGAGGAGGCUUUAAGGGCCUGUGAGGGCCACCAGAGCCAGCUUCAGACCCAGCUGAUGAUACUGAAGAUUGAGAUGGACGAGGCCAAGGCAGAGGGGACUCAGAUGGGGGCCAAGAACGGGGCAUUGACAGAAGCCCUGGCGCGCUGGGAGGCGGUGGCCAAUGAGUCAACUCGGCUGUUGGAAGAGGAACAGCGGCGCGCACGCGCGGCCGAGGCCGAGGGCGGAGCCUGCGCGGACCGGGAGGCGGUGCUGCGCGAGCGCGUUAAAGCCCUGGAAGCCGAGAUGGACCCCCAGCGCAGAGUGCCGCACCCUGGGGCAUGCUCUGGGUCCCGACCCCGGCCAAGCGCCCGCUCACGCUCUCGCUCUCGCCCCCGCCCCAGACCCUCUGGGGGCUGCCGGCGCACCCGAGGGUGA